AUGGACGACAAUCAAGAACCGCCCGUGGAAUUGAAGCAGGAGACUUCAGAUGUCGCUGGACUGACUGCAAAUGGUGCCGAUGCCCCUGCUGCCACUGAUACACCAACACAGGCGACUCAAGAUGCUGACACUCCUGGCGACCCAAAUGGUACCAUGUCCGCCCACCCUCCAGAUGCGCCGAAAUCACCGCCCGUUCAGGACGAACCCGAGGCCGAUCUAGAAGAUGCUGAAAUGGGCGGAGUUGAUGACGGCGGCAAGGUCGAGGAUGUUGACGACACUGAAAAAGAAAAUGUCGAGGACACUCAAGACACACCUGCCGCAACAAACGCCGAAGAUACCCAAUCGCAGCAGGCAAAAUCAUCUCUGGAAGCUGCGGCCAACUCACACCUGGUUACUCAAACACAUCAGAUCAUUCUUCCAAGCUACAGUACAUGGUUUGACCUGCAGACGAUUCAUCCCUUGGAGAAGAAAUCCUUGCCCGAAUUCUUCAAUAGUCGAAAUCGAAGCAAGACACCGGCUGUUUACAAGGAUUACCGAGACUUCAUGAUCAACACCUACCGUCUAAAUCCUGUCGAAUAUCUCACUGUGACCGCAUGUCGAAGAAAUUUGGCUGGUGAUGUUUGCGCCAUCAUGCGAGUACAUGCUUUCUUGGAACAAUGGGGUCUCAUCAAUUACCAAGUCGAUCCCCAAACUCGCCCGACGAACAUUGGGCCUCCAUUCACGGGACAUUUCCGCGUGACCGCAGACACUCCACGAGGAUUGCAGCCCUUCCAACCUGCACAGAACACCAUCACCACUCCGGGAAAACCACAUCCCUCCACGGAUCGAGCCACAUCAGCGACUCCUGCGUCCAAAACGGACCUGAACCUCGAACUCCGACGCAAUGUGUAUGAUGAAAAGGGAAAGGAGAUCAAAACGAGCGAAGAGCCAGAGAAACAAACGAAUGGCGACGGAGCAACCGCAAAUGGCACUGGUUCUGGAAGUUCUGCGACCAAAGCUAUGGAUAUCGCCGCAAGAGAACCCAUAAAGUCUUUCAACUGCUACUCCUGUGGCAUUGACUGUACCCGCUGUCGAUUCCAUUACGCCAAAUCGGACCCGGUGUCGAGCAGUGCACACUCGAACGAGAUCAAGUACGAUUUGUGUCCGAAUUGUUACUUCCAGUCCAGAAUGCCCAACAAUCACCGUUCUUCGGAUUUUGUCAAAAUGGAGGAACCUGCGUAUUCCCACAUUCCAGAUAAAGAUGCGCCUUGGACGGAUGCAGAACUUCUCUUGCUGCUAGAGGGUUUAGAAAACUUCGACGAUAACUGGAACGAGAUCGCAAAACAUGUUGGGACAAGAACGAGAGAAGAAUGUGUUAUGAAGUUCUUGCUCCUUGACAUCGGCGACCAAUACAUGGAGGAUGGGCUUCUGAAUGGCACAUCGACGUUGAAGGCAUUGACAGGACGAAGUCCUAUUAGUCAAAUGGAUAACCCUGUCAUGUCGGUGGUUAGCUUCCUUGCUCAACUCGCCGAUCCUACCGUUGUUGCUACCGCGUCUGGACGUUCUAUUGCAGCCAUGCAAAAGGAGUUACGGGCGAAGCUUGAGAAAGGAAUGGGAGGAGCUGAGCAGACUGAGCAAGCCAAACAAGAACCUGCUAAAGACAAAGAGAAUGUCGAAUCAGGGGACACGAUGGAAGUGGAUGACACCGCAGUCGGAAAGGCGUCAACUGAAGCCAACGAUUCUGCUCCUGCGUUCAGUGAUGUUGCCUCUACAGCUCUGGCAACAACCGCCGCUCGUUCAAGCGGUCUGGCUUCAUUUGAAGAAAGAGAGGUGACACGAGUGGUUGGGGCCGCCGUCAACCUGACAUUGCAGAAAUUUGAGCUGAAGAUGGCCCAAUUCGCGGAAAUGGAAGAGAUUGUCCAAGCAGAACGAAGAGACCUGGAAAAGGGCCGACAACAGCUAUUUUUGGAUCGACUUUCGUUCAAGAAGAGAAUGAAAGAAAUGGAGAACGCUUUCCGGCAAGCAAGCCUGAAGGGCCCCGAAGAAGGCAUGCGAAUGAUGCAAGAGGCAGUCACCACGAAUUCAGGCCAGCGUUUUGGCUUUCAAUCUGAAAACGGCGUUUCCGAUGAAACUGUUGUUGUGACCUCGGAUCUUGGAGAUGGGAGGCAGGUUGAGCUAUAG